CAACAACAAUAAUAUCAUCAACAACAACUACAACAACAACACCGAAACCAUUCAGUUCUCUCAGCUCUUGGGAUCGUUCCUCCUCUUCUCUUCCAACAUCACAAACACAACAACCACAACAACAACUCAACCCACAAACAACGUCACAAUGGCCGCCAAGCUCUCCGCCGAUCUCCUCUUCCAGAUGGCCAAGGUCCGCCGCUCCAUCUACCCCCUGAACAAGACUCUCCCCAUUUCCACCUCUCGCAUCCACGAGAUCGUCAAGGAGGCCACCCUCCACACUCCCUCCUCCUUCAACGUCCAGACCAACCGUGCCGUCGUCCUCUUUGGCGCCGAGCACGAGAAGCUCUGGGACAUCACCCACGACACCCUCAAGGCCAUUGUCCCCGAGGAGCAGUUCAAGUCCACCGCCGACAAGCUCGCCCUCUUCAAGGGCGGUGCCGGCACCGUCCUCUUCUACGAGGACACCGAUGCCACCAAGGCUCUGCAGGCCAAGUUCCCCAUCUACGCCGACCGCUUCCCUCCCUGGGCCGUUCAGUCCCUGGGCAUGGAGCAGCUGCUCAUCUGGACCGCCCUUGAGGUCGAGGGCCUGGGCGCCAACCUCCAGCACUACAACCCCCUGAUCGACGCCAAGGUUGCUGAGACCUGGGGCGUUCCCUCCAACUGGAGACUCGAUGCCCAGCUUGUCUUUGGUGGCAAGGCUGGCGAGGCUGGUCCCAAGGAGUUCCAGGACAUUGACGAGCGUGUCAAGGUCCACGGUGCUUAAGUGUUUUCUUGGUUAAAAAUUGUCAGAUGAAAAUGAAUGGGAAUGCAUAGGCCGGAGUUUUGUUAAGCUUAUCUUUAGACUUGCAGUCAUAGAUAGAGAUAUACACUUGUUUGCUUUUUUGU